UUGUUUUCAGUACAAUUCGAGCUAUCGCAGACGGAGCGUCGGUGUUUUUGUGUAUGGGAGAAGAAGAAUAGAGAGUGGAAUAGAGCCCAAUCGACUGUGUUAGUGUGCGUAUGUUAAUAUGUACAUACUUGUACGUGCCUUUCGUGUGUUUUCUGUGAUCUAGUUUCUCGAAAACGUGACACGACGUUCGGAGGAAUCUCGCGUGAUGUUCCGAAAGUGAUUUCGAAAAUUGACGAUCCUCCAUUCUUCCUCUCCUAAACCUAGUCCUUUUCCUUCUUCGUACCUUCAAUCGUCAUCAUCAAAGUUUCUCAUCAUUUAAGAAUCUUUUUCAACUUGCUCAAUUUAUGUACACCGACAAACAAUUCGGAUCUUCAAAUUCGUAACGAUACCAAAGAGUAGAAGAUAGAGCAUGCUAAUUAAAAGAUGGACCUCAUCGAGCUGUAUCAUCCUAUUCUGUCUCAUUGGCACGAUAUCAAAUACCUUCGGAAACCCGAUCCGGGAAAGGCAGAAACGAGAAGCGGAAAUUGCCGCGACAAAUUGGACGAAACUAGCGGACGAAUGGCUAAAAGAGAGAGCAAGAGCCUCAGAAAAUUUUGAUGUUGCACUUUUACCCUUUAAUAAUAGAUUUCGAAAAUUACCACCAACCGCAGAUAAUAUUGUUGUUAACGAAACUAAUCCCGAUCGAUUAGCACGGUUUAAUUAUUCACGAAUGCUAUGGGACAUGGAAAGCGUACAACCGAGCGGACACCUGUCAUUAUUCGUGGAUAAGGCAUUGAAGUUACUCGAUUUAAGGCAAGUGAUGACGGAAGUUGAAACUUCGGUGAUGUCAAAGGUUUCAUGUACGGCAUGUAAAGUCGGUGCUGGUUUGCUUCAGAAUUAUAUAAAAAAUGGCAAGAGUGAUAAAGAGAUCAUGGGGAGUAUAUAUCAAUUCUGUGUCUCCCUUAACAUACAAAGUCCACGGGUUUGUGAAGGUGUCACUUUGGUAUUUGGAGCCGAAGUAAUUUACGUUUUAAAACAAGUUGACAUGGGUCCAUCUCAAAUUUGUAGUUUCGUUAUCGGUGAUGCUUGCGAGGAUGCUUAUAAUCCUCUGCACGAAUGGGAAGUAGCUUUUCCACCUGUAAAAAAACCACCAGUAAAACCACCUGUACCACCGCAAGAAAAUGCACCAACGUUCAAAGUUUUACAUCUUUCCGAUACUCACUUUGAUCCUUAUUAUCAAGAAGGUGCAAACGCUGAUUGUAAUGAACCAUUAUGCUGCAGACUUACGAAUGGAGCUCCUUUGAUACCAUCAGCUGCAGCAGGCAGGUGGGGUGAUUACAGGAAGUGUGACACUCCAAAAAGAACUGUCGAUCAUAUGUUGAAACAUAUCGCUGAAACACAUCCGGAUAUCGAUUAUAUAUUAUGGACCGGUGAUUUACCACCUCACGAUGUAUGGAAUCAGACAAGAGAAGAGAAUCUUAAGGUUCUACAUGAUACCGUUAUGCAAAUGAUUCAAAUGUUCCCAGGUGUACCUAUAUUUCCAGCAUUAGGAAACCAUGAAAGUGCACCGGUUAAUAGCUUUCCACCACCCUUCGCACCCGAAGAAAAUAGUAUAUCGUGGCUCUACGAUGCACUGGAUAAACAUUGGAGACGUUGGUUACCUGCUGGUGUCUCACAUACGGUUCGAAGAGGGGCCUUUUAUUCGGUCUUGGUGCGGCCAGGAUUUCGAAUUCUCUCUGUGAAUAUGAAUUAUUGUAAUAAUAAAAAUUGGUGGCUUUUAAUUAACAGUACCGAUCCAGUUAGUGAAUUGCAAUGGCUCGUCUAUGAACUACAAGGUGCUGAAAUGAACGGUGAAAAAGUACAUAUAAUUGGUCAUAUACCUCCUGGUCACUCGGAUUGUUUGAAAGUAUGGUCCAGGAAUUAUUAUCACAUAAUCAAUCGAUAUGAAUCUACCAUUACGGCACAAUUUUUCGGACACACGCAUUACGACGAGUUUCAAGUAUUCUACGAUACUCAAGAUCUUCGAAGAGCUUUAAGUAUAGCUUAUUUAGGACCUUCAGUGACACCUUAUUACGAUCUCAAUCCGGGAUAUCGAAUAUAUUACGUUGAUGGAGAUCAUCCAAAAACAACUAGGAUGGUCGUCGAUCAUGAGAGUUGGGUGAUGAAUUUAAAAGAGGCAAAUCUUUAUGAUUAUCCUAUCUGGAGUAAAAUGUACAGUGCUAGACAAGCAUAUCAAAUGGCAUCGCUCCUCCCAAAGGAUUGGGAUUCGUUAAUCGAUAAAAUGUCUAACGAACCUUCUCUUUUUGAUCUUUAUUACAAACAUUAUUAUAAGAAUUCUCCUGUACGACCGUCGUGUGACGACGAAUGUCGGAAACGUCUAUUGUGCGAUCUAAGAAGUGGGAGAAGCCAUGAUCGUAAAGCAUUGUGCCAAAGCAUCGAAUCAAGAAUCGACAAUGAAACGAGAACAGGAUGGAGAGCAUGGAUCUAUAGCGGUUUGGCAUUAUCAAUGUCCGUCGUUAUGGCUAUUCCUAGAUUCGCAUACAAUCUACCCAAGUACGUUCUAGGUCUUGGAUAGAAGAAAUUUCAAGUGAUAUGUGUAGAACAAAAAAAAAGAGAUUGAAACUGUUGUGAUAAGUUAUCAAAGAGAAUCAAAGAAUACAAAGUUCGUAAAGAAAAAAGAAAAAACUGCAAAGGAAUAUGCAGAAAAGAUAGUGUUAAUUUUUAUUGAGAACGAUAAUUUUAAGAAUUCAUCAAAAUGAUAUUGGCCGAUCGGCUUAUCAUUAAUUUUAUAUUGUUGAUCCUCGAUCGACUAUAUAAAUUUUUAAAAGUUUAAAAUAUGUUUGAUUUUUUCGAUGAUAAUUUUAUUUAUUUAAUAAAACCACAUAGAGAUUUAUUUUGCGACGAUAUGUGAACCUCUGAUACCUCAAUUUUAAUUUAUUAUGGUAAUAAAGAGUAUAAAAGAAUUAUAAAACAAAAACAAAAAAGAGGUCGGGAAUGAUCGAGGAAGAAUUGUAAAUUAGUUGUUAAUAAUGCCUCAACUCAAGUAGUCAAAUAUAUACGUAACCAACGUGUAUUAUAUUACCUGUUUAGAUAAUUUUCUAUUCUAACGGUGUAAAGAGCGUAUCCAUGAUAUAUAUUCCUAUUAGGAAUCUUAAAUUUAUAAAUAUUUAACAUUAAGCGAAUGUCUGAUUAUACUAAUGUUUUAAAUUUGUUCGAACAAAUGAGUAUUUACAAAGAUCAAUUUGGUCCCAAUGCAUGUU